AUGGAUCAGUUAGUGCACGGCGCUGCUGCCGAGCAUUGUAAUACUAUCCAGCUACAAGCUGAAGAGAAAAAGGCUAAGACUUCUUCACCCGCUGUAGCCUUUGCGUCAGGUGCUAUUGCAGGAGGUGUAGAAUGCUUCGUCACAUAUCCCUUCGAAUUCACAAAGACAAGCGUCCAGCUACGUGGCGGCAAUGUAUCCAAGAAUCCCUUCGUGGUCGCCCAUCGCAUCGUGCGAACGCAGGGCGUCAGCGCCUUAUACACGGGAUGUAAUGCUCUCGUGACGGGCACCAUGGCCAAGUGCGGCGUGCGCUUCUUCGUCUACGAUGGCCUUAAAGAGCAGUUAGCAUCAUCGUACCUGAAAUGUUCCAACUUGCUCCAAGGGGUCGUGGCGGGCAUGGGCGCCGGCAUUGCCGAAAGCGUCCUGGUGGUCACUCCCAUCGAGCGCAUCAAGACCGCACUUAUCGACGAUGCAAAAUCCGGCAAAAAGCAGCUGGGUGGCGGCUUGCACGCCAUGCAGGUCAUUGUUCGGACGCGGGGCAUCGCAGACUUGUACAAAGGCCUGAUGCCAACCAUGCUGAAGCAGGCAAUGACAUCGGGCGUACGGAUGGGGAGCUACAAUAUACUGAAGGAGCUGGGUAGGAAGUUUAAGCUUAACGAUGGUUCGGUGACGAUAUUCAUGACUGGCGCACUUGCUGGCACUAUUACGGUGUAUGCGACUCAGCCGUUUGACUCGAUCAAGACUCGGUCCCAGGCGCUGACAUCUAUGAGUAUGAGAAGCGCAACGAGAAGUAUCAUCCUAGAAUAUGGCAUGCGUGGUCUUUGGCAAGGUAGCACAAUGCGGCUCGGGAGAUUGCUGUUUAGCGGUGGUAUUGUGUUCACAGUGUAUGAGAAGUCAGUGCAGAUCAUUGAGUCGCGACUCCACUUAGAGGCGCAACACCAGAUAAAAUAG